ACCAAAGAGUAGAGGCUCAGCAGAUGGUUUGCUUUUGACUUUUUGGGGGUCCAGCCUGGAAAAGCCCUCCCUGGGCACCAAUGAGCCUUGCUGGAUUUGCUGGGUGAGAAGAGCCUUUCCGGAAGGGCAGGGCAAUGAAAGAAAACUCAACUUGGUGAGUGGAGAAAAUCAGGAGGAAGGAAUUUUGUAACUCAGCUCAGUGACUUCCAAGGAGGGCGAGCUGCUCCCAGGCAAGAACUGGUCCAUUCAUUCUCCAGAAGUCUUCCUCUGCAUUCCCAAUAAACAUUUCUUUUUGGACUGAGGGAUUCAGGACCAAAAAGCAGAUUCCAGGGCUGCUCAAACGUUGCCUGUAAAGGUUGGCCUUCUUGGAUCAGGACCCUGUAUACAGAGCAACCCAAGAGAUGUCUCACCCAUCAUGGUUGCCACCAAAGAACUCGGGGGAGCCCGUCGGCCACGUCACAGCCAGGAUGGAGACCACGCAUGCCUUUGGGACCCCCAGCGUCUCCAUAUCCACACAGCAGACACCCAAAAAGUUUGCUCCAGUUGUGGCCCCCAAACCAAAGUACAAUCCCUAUAGACCACCAGAAGGAGAAGGUGACUUUCCGCCACCACCGCCUCCACCUCCACCGCCUCCUCCUUCGGCAAAUGAUCCUGGGGCUUUCCCUCCAUCCUCCGGCGCCUUCCUUCCCCCUCCGCCUCCUCCAGAUGAGGCUCUUUUCCAUGUCCAGGUCAAGACUGGUCCCAAGACCUUGGAAGAAAGGCGUUCCAGUUUGGAUGCUGAAAUAGACUCCUUGACCAGCAUCUUGGCUGAUUUAGAAAGCAGCUCACCUUACAAGCCUCGCUUCCAACAGGGCUCUGGGAUGCCCAGCGGGGUCUCUACUCCUCCAAUGUCCACCCCGGUCACUGGGCACAAGCGCAUGGUCAUCCCAAACCAGCCUCCUCUGACGGCCACCAAGAAAUCAGCCUCCAAGCCUGGAUCUCAGCCCUCUCCCAUUCCGGUGACACCCAUCGGCACCCUGAAACCUCAGCCGAUUCCAGCGCCGUACACAACCGCCUCAACCCCGACCCGCCCGGCGUUCAACAUCCAAGUGAAGUCAGCUCAGCCCACCCCCCAUUUCCAACCGCCGGCCACCCAGUACAGCGGGGUGCCCCCCAGCCAGGUGCCUCAGCCAUCUUAUUCCAUGGGGACCGCAUCACGGGGGCUUGAUUAUGGUUACAUGCCCCAACCAGAACCAAGUUAUGCUUAUGCCCCGCCGCAGCCUCGCUUCCAAGAACCGGCUUAUCCUGGAGGUCCGGGUUAUGGAGGGAGGAAUGGUGCUGAGUCUGUCUCUGUGCCGCAAAGCUCCUGGAAGCCUGAGCCAGCUUAUGUGCCUCCUAGUUCUGCUGCACAGCAUCCUGUUGGGCAGUACCCAUCAUCCACCACCAAGAAGAGCUACAGCGCUGAACCUGCCCCAGUGAUUCAACGUCCCCAGUUGCAACCAAAGAGUGGCCCCUCUGGUCCCAGCCCUGCCUCAAACCCUCCUUUGUUGAGACCAGAAGAUGAGCUCGAACACCUGACCCAGAAGAUGUUAUUCGACAUGGAGAACCCGCCUUCUGAAGAAUACUUCGGACGCUGUGCACGUUGCGGGGAGAACGUUGUCGGAGAAGGGACCGGAUGCACCGCAAUGGACCAGGUCUUCCAUGUGGAGUGCUUCACCUGCAUGACCUGCAACAACAACCUCCGAGGCCAGCCCUUCUAUGCCGUGGAGAAGAAAGCCUACUGCGAGCCCUGCUAUAUUAACACUCUGGAGCAGUGCAACGUUUGUGCCAAGCCCAUCAUGGAGCGGAUCCUGAAAGCCACGGGGAAGGCCUAUCAUCCCCACUGCUUCACCUGCGUCGUCUGCCAACGCAGCCUGGAUGGUGUCCCUUUCACCGUCGAUGCCGGUGGCAACAUCCACUGCAUUGAGGACUUCCACAGGAAGUUUGCCCCACGCUGCUCCGUCUGCAAGGAGCCCAUCAUGCCAGCCCAGGGCCAGGAGGAGACGGUCCGGAUCGUGGCCCUGGACCGGGACUUCCAUGUGCAAUGCUACCGCUGUGAGGACUGUGGAGGGCUCCUCUCCGAAGGCGACAACCAGGGCUGCUACCCGCUGGACGGCCACAUCCUCUGCAAGUCCUGCAACUCAGCCCGGAUCCAGGCUCUGACGGCCAAGGCCAGCACCGACCUCUGAAUGCGACGGGGAGCACGGCAGGGUCCUUCUUGCCCUCUUGCACAGCCAGAAAUCAUUGCGAUGCAAAGACCUGGCUGCUUACUUGGAAGCUGAACCCCACCUGACUGUUCCCUGCUGCCUACACUACAGGCUUAAAACCGGUUUGGUAAUACUCCUUUCCUCCUCUCAAGGAGCCCUGGGAAAUGGACUUGGCUGUUUUGGAGACCAUCCUUACCACAGCUGCAAAUCUGCAUUUCCCAAGGCUCUUUGGAGAGGCACCAUGAUCUUUAAAGUGGUGUGAUACCGAUAGAAGUUUACAGUGAAGAUAAGUCUUGGGUGGGAGUAUCAAAUAUCCUCCCCCCUGGCUUUAAAAGUUCUAAUCUUGACUCUAAUUGUGUGCCAAUCUACAAGUCCCAUCAUAUUGCUUAAGGUCGAUGGGAGUUAGAGCAGGCAUGGGCAAACCUUGGCCC